GAGCCAAACUCCAUUUUCUUAUGAAUGGAAAGUGAAAAGCCCCGGGCCUCUUAAAUUGGGUCCCGAGAACGCGAGGCCGGGAGAGAGACCCCCCCAAAGACGAGAGAAAGAGAGCGAGCGAGAGCGAGCAAGAGCGAGCGAGCGAGCGAGCGAGGCAGGGAGAGCGAGAGCGAGCGAGCCACCCGAGUCAGCGGCGAGCAAUGACCAUGACCACCAUGCCAGAGAGCCUAAAUAGCCCCGUCUCAGGCAAGGCGGUCUUCAUGGAGUUUGGCCCGCCCGGGCAGCAAAUGCCUCCGUCGCCCAUGGCCCACGGCCACUACUCCAUGCACUGUUUACACUCGGCCGGCCACUCGCAGCCGGACAGCUCGUACAGCGCCGCGUCCUCUUUCUCCAGACCGCUGGGCUACCCCUAUGUCAACUCGGUCAGCGGCCACUCGGGCAACCCUUACAUGAGCUCGGUGCAGUCCUACCCCAACAGCACCAGCUUGGCUCAGACUCGGUUAGAGGAAACAGGCACCGAGACAGAGAAAAGCACCGUGGUGGAAGGCGGCGAAGUGCGCUUUAACGGCAAAGGGAAAAAAAUCCGGAAACCCCGGACGAUUUACUCCAGCUUGCAGCUCCAGGCUUUGAACCGGCGCUUCCAACAGACCCAGUACCUGGCUUUGCCGGAAAGAGCCGAGUUGGCCGCCUCCUUGGGCCUCACCCAGACUCAGGUCAAGAUCUGGUUCCAGAACAAGCGCUCCAAAUUCAAGAAGCUAAUGAAGCAAGGGGGAGCCGCCUUGGAAAGCAGCGCCCUGGCCAACGGGAGGUCGCUGUCGGCCAGCUCUCCGCCCGGACCGCCAGUCUGGAACACCAGCUCGUCGUCGGGUAAGAGCUCCACGGGAACCCCGGGCACCUACAUCCCCAGCUACACGUCUUGGUACCCUUCGGCCCACCAGGAGACUAUGCAACAGCCUCAGCUGAUGUGAGAAGCGAAGGGUUGGCCGGCUCCGGUUUGUGUUGUUUUGGUUUUUUUUUUUUUUUUGCUUUGGCUUUUGUGUUUUUUGUUUUGUUUUUAUUUUUUACUUUUGCAACGUUUGAACCGAUAAGCCGAUCGCCCCAUCGGCUGCAACCACCGAACGAACGAACGAAUGAACGAACGAACGAAGAAAAAAACAAAACAAAGGCAACCUUGUUGGUCUGGGGAAAUCGCACCGCGGAAGGAAGCCGCCUUCGUCCCCCCCUUAGAAAGCCUGAGCCAGCCGGAGCGUCUCUGAAUCGCCGACGGUUUUUGGGUCGCAGCUCCCGAGACAAGCACAGAUGCCAGGCGGGGCUGGUUCCCACUGCAGACAGCUGACGCGGCGGCCCCAGAUCGUCCCCCCAGCCACGCCGGAUGACAGCCUGCCAGCAGCAGCGCGGAAUCCGGCCCUCGGCAUGGGUGGACCAUCAGGACGCCGGCAGCAAAGAACCUGUUUGUCCGAGGAAGGGAGGGGGAGCAGGGUCCUCUCUCUUGUCCGUCUUUCUGUCCUGUCCAAAUGACUCUUGGCCAUUCCCUUCAAAUCAUCCUUUCUUUCUGGGCUUCGCCAAGGAACAACCUUUUCCUUCCUUCCUUCCUUCCUUCCUUCCUUCCUUCCUUCCUUCCUUCCUUCCUUCCUUUUCCUUCUCAGUGUUCGUUGUAGUCCUCUCGGUGUACAUUUUUUUUUUCCUUUUGUCGAAUGGGAAAGGGGAUUUUUUAAAUUAUUAUUAUUUAUUGACUUAAAACUACCACUAUGAGAGUCCUAAACAUUUUUUAAAAAUAAACUUAUGGGCGGAAUUGUUUUGCAAAAGUGA